AUGGCCAACAUACAUACCGUCGAUAUCACCCGUCUGAAGAAUGGUGAAGUAAACCUGGGUACCUCCAUUAUGGCUGUUCAGUUCGACGGAGGUGUAGUCAUUGGCGCUGACAGUAGAACAACCACUGGGUCAUACAUCGCCAACCGAGUCACAGACAAGCUUACUCAUAUUCACGACCGAAUCUAUUGCUGUCGUUCAGGAUCAGCAGCUGACACCCAAGCCGUUGCCGACGUCGUCCAUCAACAUGCUCAAGUUUACACAGCUGUGUAUGGAUCGCCCCCAACAGUAUCAACCGCCGCAGCACUGUUCGAAAAGAUGUGUUACGACAACAAAGAUCAAUUAUCAGCUGGAAUAAUCGUUGCUGGAUGGGAUAAAGAGGCAGGUGGAUCUGUGUAUAACAUUCCAUUAGGCGGGGGAAUGUUCCAACAGCCUUGGGCUAUCGGGGGAUCUGGAUCGACAUAUGUUUAUGGUUAUUGCGACGCGACCUAUCGAGAAGGUUGGAAUGAGCAGGAAACAGUGGAGUUCGUCAAGAAUACCCUCUCCCUCGCAAUGUCUCGAGACGGAUCAUCAGGUGGUUGUAUCCGGAUGUGCGUGAUUACAAAGGAAAAAGUUGAACGACAUUUCAUACCUGGAAAUGAGUUGCCCAAGUUCUGGGAAGGCAAGGAAGUUGUUGGAACAACCAGUGGAAGGGUCGGUGUAGUAGCGUAG